AUGAAUACUAUCAAGAUAUUUUGUUUCCUAUUUAUCUUCUCAUUCUUAACAAUUGGAAUUGUAAGAGGUGAAACUGAUCGGGUUGAUCGAACUGAAGGAUUAGUUUGUCCAUCACAUGUUGGACCACCAGCAUGUGUUAUUGCUUGUGAAGAUGAUAGUAGUUGUAAUCCUGGUUAUUUAUGUUGUGGCAAUGGAUGUGGUCAAGUUUGUAAGAAGGGAGUUCCUGUUCAAUAA